AUGGCUGCAAUGAAGGGUUACAGGGUUGAUGCGGUUGUUCAUUUUGCUGCUCGAUCUCAUGUCGACCAGUCAUUCUCCAAUCCGCUAGCCUUUACAACCACCAACGUCGUCGGGACGCAGGUCUUACUCAAGGCCGCAAAGUCGAUAGGCUCCAUCCACAGAUUCGUCUAUGUCUCGACUGAUGAGGUCUAUGGUGAGAAUGACCCUGAAAGGUGUUUCGCCUUUAGCGGAAAUCAGCCCCGGAAUCCAACCAAUCCAUACGCAGCGAGUAAGGCAGCCGCAGAGAUGAUUGUCCGCGCCUAUGAAAAGUCCCAUACCACAAAUUUCCGUGGUACAAAGGGCCUUAGACAACCUCACCUCGGUCACUCCAAAGAGUCCGUAAUAGCGGUUUACUCCGAGCAAAACUGCUGA